AUGCCGGUGUCCAUCUUCAACCAUUUCACGAUUCCGAGCGGGAAACCGCACGUGUCCGUUUCAAUAUCCGAUCCGUCCGGCGUGAAGAAAGAAAUCGUCAGCGCGGCUGGACACGUGGAAGAAACCGUGGACGGGAACGGGUUCGGGCUGUACUCCGCGUGCUUCACGAACAAAGGAGACAACACCAACAUCCACAACGACAAGUUGGUCGGCACCAACGCUGGGAAAGUGCAAGUGCACGUGCACUUCUUCCAGCCGCACCACGCCAUCUCGGACGAAGAGUUAGAGAAAGAGUUAAAACUGUUAAAAAGACAUCAACUGCACAUACCUGGGCAGAGUAAAGGUUUACACGCCGAUCAGUUGCACGAUUCGAUCGCAUUAGCGGAGUCUUUGAUGGACGACGUGCAACGAAUCAGAGGCGAGGUGCAUUACUUGACGUGGAGGACGAAACGGCACAAGCAAACGGUGGACUCGAACGCGCUGAGGACCGCGUGGUUGACAUUUUUAGAGGUGGUCGUUUUGUGCUUUUGCGCGUGGAUGCAGAUCGACGCGGUGAAAGGGUAUUUUGAGACGAGUCGUGGGGAUUUAGUGGAAGGAGGGAGGAGUCAAGGGUUUGAAUAUCAAGGGAAGUACGAGUCGGUGAGGAAGGUGGAACCGGCGCCGGGUUUCGGGCCGGGAAGUUCAAACUUUGGGAUGCCGCCGAUGCCGCAAAUGUUUCAAUCGCAGCAACAACAACCAGUGCCACCGCCACAAAUCUACCAACAACAACAAUAUCAUCAUCAGCAGCAAACACCACCACCACCACCACAGAAUCCUCCGCAGAUGUACGACGCGCACAAAACGCAAUUCGGCAAGAACGAAGAGUUUCAGAGCGAGAUCCCGUCGCAAGGCAUUCUACCGAAUCAAUACGGCCGAGCUUCUGCACCGCAAUCGAGGACGGGUAGACAGUAUCAAGAUAGAUAG